AUGGCAUAUACGCAAGCCGAACUAACCGGCUACUUCGACCGUAUCAACUUACCUACCGACGCCCGCGAGGCCUUAUUAGCGGGUAAAGACCGCCUGGAGGCUCUGACCUGUCUUCUGCAUCACCAUCUGGCCGCUGUGCCCUUCGAAAAUAUCGCUCUUCACUAUUCCGCCGAUCGCGUCCUAGUUCUCAGCCCGUCAUUAUUAUACGAGAAGAUUGUUCGGCGCCGGCAGGGCGGUACCUGUUUCCAGAUCACUCGGCUAUUCGGCGAGGUGUUGCUAGCCCUGGGCUUUGAGCUGUACAUGAGCGGGGCACGCACAAACAAAUCGACCAGCGUGGCCGCGCAAGACAAGGAUGGCCGCGCGAAAUUUGGAGAUUGGCAACAUAUGAUUCUCAUCGUCCGGCUAGAUGGAAAUGACUAUCUCGUGGACGCAGGGUUCGGCCCCAACGGCCCAGUCGACCCUGUCCUGCUUCGAGAUGGACUCGAGUUUACUGACGGUGAUGGCAACCUCGGACGGCGAGGCAGACUUGUUCAUGCCCCGAUUGAUCAGGGUCGUGCCAGACAUCUCAAGUACUGGCGGCUGCAGUUCCGAUUUGACGGCAGUCCGGAUUGGACGGACAUCUAUGCCUUUACGGAGAGCGAGUGGCUUGAAAGUGAUUACCAAGCUGCAGAGCGUGCGGUUCGUGGUAAUAAGCGAGCCUGGUUUAUGUACCGAGUGAUUGCAUUUCAGAUCGUGCUGAAAGACAGGACGCCUGUUGGUUGGGUGAUGAUCUGGAAUGAUGCUAUGAGUUGGUUCCAAGGGGGCAAAUUAUCACGGCGAAUAAGACUCGGUUCCGAAGGGGAGAGGAUCAAUGCCCUUGAGAGUGUGUUUGGGAUUAAGCUGGGAGAAGAAGAGAGGAAAGAGAUUGUUGGGACAGUAGCAUUCUUAGGUGGGAAAUCAAAGAUUUAG